AUGGGCCGCUUCUUGUGGGCCACGCCGACGCGAUUACGCUUACGACCAUCGUCUACGGUCUGUCAUCGGGCGGUGUAUACUACAGGCGUCCAGCGUCCAGCUCGUGUCAUUUUCUCCGGAAUUCAACCCACAGGCACACCGCACCUCGGUAAUUUUGCUGGCGCCAUUCGCCAGUGGAUUAAGUUACAGAACGAGCCUUCGGAAGCAUGCAAACGGUUUUUCAGUGUUGUCGACCUUCACGCCAUCACAGUACCCCAACAGGCACAUCAGCUUCGGCGUAGUAAACGCGAGACGAUGGCCGCCUUGAUAGCCGCGGGGCUUGACCCACAGCGAUCUGUUCUUUUCAAUCAAUCGUCCGUUGCCGCACACUCCGAGCUCAUGUGGAUCUUGAGCUGCACAGCGUCAAUGGGCUCACUCUCGCGGAUGACGCAGUGGAAGAGUAAGUUGUCGCUCACAGCGGACACCUCGCUUCAAGAUGACGGAGUCAAGGCGGCUUUAAAACUGGGCCUCUUUUCCUAUCCUGUCCUGCAGGCAGCCGACGUGCUGGUACACAGAGCCACCCAUGUCCCUGUGGGAGACGACCAGCGGCAGCAUCUUGAGUUUGCCCGCGAGUGUGCCAAUGUUUUCAACAAUGCCUACGGACAACACCUCGUUGUCCCCCAAACGUUGACUUCAAGGGCACGUCGCGUUAUGUCCCUCCAGCAACCUCACAAGAAGAUGUCCAAAUCGUCGACUGACGCAAGGUCUCGGAUCUUGAUCACGGACAGUCCUGAUGAGAUCAACCAGAAACUCAUGUCGGCGUUAACAGACUGCGAUAACUCGGUCUCUUACGACCCAGUCAACAGACCUGGAGUAUCAAAUCUCUUGGAGAUACUGUCCAUCUUUGAUGAAAGCGGUAGAGAACCCGCACAACUGGCCGACAGCCUUUCAGGGUAUAACCUUAGAAAACUAAAGGAAAAGGUCUCAGAGAGCGUGGUGCUGGGUCUCAAUGGCAUCAGAGAGCGAUACAUUGACCUCCUUUCGGCCGAUGAAGGUAAGUACCUCGACUUUGUGGAGGCGGAAGGUGCGCGGAAAGCUAGGGAAAAUGCGGCAGAGACAAUGGCUAUUGUAAGAGAAGCCACUGGUCUCUGA